AUGAAGCUGUUUGCGUGGAUCUCUGCUGCUCUCUUUGCCACCGUUGCUCUUGCUGAUGAGGUUAAGACUCCUCCAACAGAGCUGCAGAUUGAGACCACUUAUCUGCCAGACAACUGUGUGACGAAAGCACAGACUGGCGAUCGUAUCAAGGUUCACUAUACCGGAACCUUGUUCUCAAAUGGAAACAAGUUUGAUUCCAGUCUUGACCGUGGACAGCCCUUGCCUUUGACGCUCGGUAUCGGCCAGGUCAUUCAGGGAUGGGACAAAGGUCUUCAAGGAAUGUGUGUUAAGGAGAAGCGUACUCUCACCAUCCCUUCCGACCUCGCAUACGGAUCUCGUGGAUUUGGAAGCAUUAUUCCCGCCAACUCUGCCCUUGUUUUCACCGUCGAGCUCGUUGACCUGGAGUCUACUGGUAAGACUCGGGAAGAGUUGUAA